AUGUCGUGGGUAUUCAAGCCACCCCUCUGGGCACUGCUUGGUGGUAUUGCUCUGAUGCUCCUAGCUCAUGCCCAGGAUCAAUCAGGCUUCGUAAGUAUAGAUUGUGGUCUAGAGCAAAGUCCCGGCUACACAGAAAGAACUACCGGCAUUUACUACAUUUCAGACUCCUCUCUAACAGAUACAGGAGACAGCAAGCCCAUAUCGCUCGAUUACAGAGAUCAAUAUACACGGCCCUUCUGGUUCCUUAGGAGCUUUCCCCAAGGAACCAGAAACUGCUACAGCAUACGCCUUACGGGCGGCGAUAAAUAUUUGAUCCGAGCAAGCUUCGUGUAUGGAAAUUACGAUAGCCAGAAAGGUAAUUUACCAGAAUUUGAACUACAUCUUGGAGCUACUUUGUGGGAUUCAGUGGCGUUUUCGAAUGCGUCCAGCAUCACAAUCAAGGAGCUCUUGCAUACCCCUGCGCAAAACCAUAUACAUAUUUGUUUGGUCAAUAUCGGCACUGGGGUUCCGUUUAUAUCAGCAAUCGAACUCAGGCCUUUACCCACUGCAUCUUAUCCAACACAGAUGCCCAAACAGUCCUUGGCACUUCUGUUGCGCUAUGACGUUGGUCAAACAGCUAAUACAGCUGGAUACAGGUAUCCGAACGAUAUUUAUGAUCGCCUAUGGUAUUCCUAUCCCCGCGAUGAUUGGGCACAAUUAAGUACUCUAUCCAUCAUAAACAACGAUCAAAACACAUACCAACUACCAUCUGAUGUCAUGCGUACUGCUGCCACGCCAAAAGAUAUUUCGAGCCAAUUCUUGAAUAUUUCCUGGGUGCCUGCUGAUAGAUAUGCGGAAUAUUAUACUUACAUUCACUUUGCAGAAGUUGCAAAGCUCCAAGCCAGCCAGAUCAGAGAGAUCUCUAUUACCAUAAAUGGAGAGCUCACUUCGGACCCAUUUGUUCCUCGUUACUUGUACACAAAUACUAUUAACAGCACCCUGGCUUUCAGAGGAGGAGGAGGAGGAGGAGCACAAUCCUAUAAUUUUUCCAUCUUUACAACUGAAGACUCUUUCCUCCUACCUAUCCUCAAUGCGUUCGAGGUUUAUAUGGUAAAAGAAUUCUUAGAAUCAGAAACAAACCAAAAAGAUUUUGACGCAAUCGCAAACAUCAAGUCAACUUAUAUAAUUAUUAAGAACUGGCAAGGAGAUCCGUGUGCUCCCAAGAAUUACUUGUGGGAAGGUGUCACUUGUAGUGCUCAUGAAAAUGAGUCCCGAAAUAUCAAAUCCUUGGAUUUGUCGUCUAGUGGAUUAACAGGGCUGAUAGCUCCUUCUAUAUCCAAUCUCACGAUGAUACAAACUUUGGAUUUAUCAAACAACAACUUAACAGGACCAAUUCCAGACUUUUUGUCUCAAUUGCCGAAUUUAAAUGUCUUAAACUUGGAGAACAACAAGCUCACAGGCUCAGUUCCAGUGAGACUCAGUGACAGAAGCAAGAAUGGUUUGCUUCUAUUAAGUUUGUGCGGAAAUCCAAAUCUAUCCGGACAGGUUUCUUGCAAUAAGAAGAAGAAGAAGCACAAUCUCGGUGUUUCGGUAGGAGUCCCCGUUGGAAUUUCAAUCGGCAUAUUAUUAGUUGUAGCAGCUGCAGCUAUUUGGUGGCACUGCUUUAAAACCAAAGGAGAAAAAGCUAACAAAAUGCCAGAGGCGCCAGAAGUUGGCCAUACUGAUACUAAGCCCACCCUUUUGAAGCCCCCUUCUGACCCCCGUCGGGGUCAACACUUCACUAAAGUUGAGAUCACAAAUAUCACCAGUAAUUAUACAUCACUGCUUGGAGAAGGCGCAUUCGGAAAAGUCUACCGUGGCACGCUGGAAAAUAAGGUUGAAGUUGCUGUAAAAAUACUCUCGCCUAGAUCAAGUCAAGGCUUAGAAGAAUUUAAUAACGAGGUUGCGCUUUUGAUGAGUGUUGCUGAUCAUAAAAACGUGGUUUCCCUAAUUGGAUACUGUGAUGACGUUGACUGUAUGGCACUAGUUUAUGCAUUCGUGGCCUACGGAAAUUUGAAACAGCAUUUAUCAGCUGUACUUUCACCUUCACCACCUGCAUCAAGCACGCAGUCACCGGACCACCGCUACAUAUCAUCAGCUCCAUUGCUUGUACGGUCGCAUCGCUCUGACUCAGUGUACACCUCAAAUGCAGAGCUCUCACCUUCGCCAUCUGCAUCACUUGCACAGCCGCCUCACACCGGCGCCACAUUGUUUCACACAGCACAUUCACAUGGCCCCGAAUCAGAUAUUAUUAUAAGAGUUUUGACUUGGAAGGAGAGACUCGGUAUUGCUCUAGAUGCCGCACGAGGACUGAAUUACCUGCAUUCUCACCGCAAUAUGCCGAUAGUUCACAGAGAUAUAAAGCCAGCCAACAUUUUGUUAGACAAAAGAUUGCAAGCCAAGAUAGGUGAUUUUGGUAUUUCUAGAGCUUUUGCAACUGAAAGUAUCACUCAUGUAUCAACUUUGUCCAAAGGAACACUUGGAUACCUUGAUCCCGAAUAUCACAACACAAAACGGCUUAACAAAAAAAGUGAUGUAUAUAGCUUUGGAAUUGUCUUGCUAGAGCUAAUAACCGGUAGAAGAGCCAUUAACACUGAAGUAGUACAACCUGGAGGACCAGAAGUAUGUAUCCACAUAAUUGAAUGGGUGCGUAAUGAAGUUAAUAACCAGCGUAUCGAAAGCGUAGUGGAUCCAAAAUUACAGGGAAAGUGCAAGAUGGAUUCUGUUAGGAAAGCUAUACAAACUGCCAUGGCUUGUGUGCCUCUAACCGGAGCAGAAAGGCCAGACAUAGAUGUUGUCUAUAAGGAUUUAGAGCAAUGCUUGAAAAUGGAGUCGGCUCCUGAUCCUGAACCAAGGACUACAGUGAGCGAUGAUAUUACAUUUCCAACGAGCAGGUGCAUGAUAUCAUAA